CUUUACGAAUAAAAAACAAAAUGGAGUAGUUGGACAACAUACAUCAUAUCUACGUAGAGAUCAUUUUCAUUAGUAUACAACAUAUCAAUUGUUGAUUUAAUGAAAUAAUUGAAAAAUCUGAAUCGUUUACAUACAAUUUACAAAAGCAGAUGUAAACUAAGAAGAAAAGCUUAAGAUUUGUAAGUAUUUAAUCAAUGUACUUUCACCAACCAAAUUCUUCUGGAAUUUACUAUUUAUAAAAGUUCUUAGGGGCACAUAGUUGGAAAAUUUCAGUUCAUUUCCGCGAAAUCUUUAACCGCCUUAAGAAAUGAGUAGUGUUAUGGAAAAGGAUGGAUUUACACUUGUAAAGAAAGGCCGAAAGCAUAAAAGAAAAUAUAAGCCAAUCCCAGCAGAUAUUUCAGCUCAAGAACUAGACGAAUUGGAAAUAAAGAAAUUUCUCGAAAAUUUUACUCAUUGUCUUAUUGAAAUGGAACAAAGCGAAUUAUUACACUUUAUCAAAUCGAAAUACGAGAAAAAUGACGUUGAAAUGAUAGAAAAAAUAGAAUGUUUAGGAUUAGGAUCAAUAACAAAUAAUAAACAAGCUAGAUCUCAACUGGCUCUACUCGUUCAAUUAAAGUUAUUUUUUAACUGUCCAGUUCUAGCCUAUGAUCCCAUUUUUACCGAAGCUGAUAAGAUAGUGUUAUCAGAGUUUAAUAUUCUUGUUGACGAAGAAAAUACAGAAGGUAUGAAGGAGACGACUGGAAAAACACUCUUCUUCAUGCCCCAUUGCUCGAAACCUCUCGUAAACAACAUACUUUACUCGAAUUGGUCGAGAAAACUACUUGGGAAUGUGCAAAUAUUCGGGAAUUCAUUCGAAAAUAUGAUUGUUCGACACACGUUUCAAGAUAUGGAAAAAUAUGCUGGAUACGUACUAUUGUCACAGAAAUUUGUUAAAGAAAUUUCGAUUCCUAACAAUAUAAUCAUCGAUAACGUUUUCAACGAUACAUCAUUACACUACUUCGAUAAUAUUGAUAAAUUAAAUGUAUCAUUUUCCAAAGCUAUCCAACCUAUAUAUGAUAAUGAUGAAUUAGACUUUAUAAAGAAGUGA